AUGGCGCCCGUAACGUCGGUACCCCAAGGCCACUCCUUCCCGAACGGCCGGGUCAUUCGUCCUGAGGAAAUGCGAGCGGUCACAGUCAACAGGGACACCAAAGUCAUCAUGAAGGACCAGAAGGGCAACCGUAUCGAGGGUGACGUCGACAAGGGCCGGAUCGGUUACUUAAUGUGCGACGCCCCGGACAUGGAGGGCUACGUCCUCUGCCAGCUGAUGAACAACGAUGGCGAACUUCAGAAAGUUGCCAUUCGCAAGGCAGACGUCGAUGUUGGACAGCUCCACGGACUAAGAGCCGAGGAGGCUCAUGGCCAGAGUCAUGGCUGGAAUUGUUACCACAUCACCUGCGAAGGACUCGAGAUGUCAGUGUUCCGCACUCGUUCGCGCGUAUCACAAGCUGGAGGUCGUCGCAUCUUCAAGGUCAAGGUGCCAGUCACUGGAGACACGAGCUGGAAUCUCUGCUACUCUCUCGACCAGUUGAACCCAGCGCCCCCGAUCGACACGCCUCUGGUCAUGUCUAUUCAAUCCAUGGACGACGGCAAGCCGCAUGCCACCCCUUGGUACCGAGGUCCUCACCAUGGCGCUUGGGACAACUCUGACGAGCUUCACUCCUUUGCUGUCACCGCCGCAUGGCACGAUGAGACGACCAGCAAGUGGGUUUCGGUGAAUGUCCAGAACAGCGAGACGUUCUCCCGGCGCAAUAUCCAGCUGCCAACCGAUCAUUACCACAGAAAUGUGGGAGGAGACAUCAGCUACAACGAUUCAUGGAUCAUGGCAACGAGAAUGCUCCAGUUCAUUCACAACCGUCGCUACCAGAGCCCUCCUCCUUUCCUCGCGCGCUCGCUCAACGUCGAUGUCAAGAAUGUCGUCUGGAACCACAUGGAGCAGGCCGUCCGCCUCAUUCCCCGAACCAAGUACAACAAUGCCGAGUCCCCAAAGAGAGUCACGUUCUUGAAAAAUUGGAACGCCAUCCAGCAGACUUGGCCGAACCUCAUGAUAGGACCCAAGCCCGAGGGUUUCGAGUGGAAGUGCGCCGUCUGCAGUGCCCUUGCGACAUCGAGACUGCCUACUGGCAACAAGCGAAUUCAGUGCCAGCCGAUUACAGCAGGCGAGAUAGAGCCCAACGAGAUCGUCGGCUUGGGAGCUACUGCAGAGCAAAUCGCUUCAUGGACUUGCCAAAUUUGCUGGACCGCUUAUCGCCGACCUUGCGUUUGGAUCAACAAGGACAUCUUCACUCAGACCAGGAAGCCUACGGAAGGAUCCUCUUACGUUUACACGUUGCCCAACUACCCGGGUCUUGUGCCAGUGUUCCCGAGCCAACUUCAGGCAGCGGAGCACCCCCCUACUCUCCCGGAGUACAAUGUCUACCAUCUGAAGGGCGAGCUUGACACGAACGAGGAUGAUGCUGAGGACGAUGUUGUGGAUGAGUUUGCCGUCGUGGGUUGA